GAUGAAGAGGGAGCAUCCAUCCUGCCACUGAAAGAGGCUUCAGUGACUCAUCCUAAGCACAUCAAAACUGCGACAACAGAAGAAACAACCAGAGCUGAAUUGAAAAGUCCCGUUGAAGUUCAAGAGAAAUUGCAGGUUUUUGUCAGAGGUCUCCUCUUACCAAAGACACUUUGCCUGCAGCUCGAUCCAGAGACAUCAGUAGCAGCUUUGAAAAAGCGUGUGGAGCUGGAAAGUGGCAUCCAGUCUCAGGAUCAACGCCUUUACAUCGGGAGAAACUUUCAGCUUUGUGACCUACUCUCAAUUCGCGACCAUGGGAUACAACAAGACCAGAACAUCACGCUUCGCGUUGGCGGCUUGCUGGGCGGUGGAUCAUUGGAUGAAGAGCAAUCUAGACGCAUUUGCUUCUCAGAAUUGUCAGACGAACUUGGACGAGGCUGGAAGAGGCUCGCCAGACAAUUGGGAUUCAAGGAAGGACAACUGGACCAAUUCGAAGAAAACUACAGAGGAGACUUACACGAACAAAUCUACAAGAUGUUAGAUACCUGGUGGAAGAAGCAGGACAAUCCCGCAGAUGCUCCUGAGAAGCUGAGAGACGCUCUGCAAGCGGUGGGUCGUGCUGACUUAGCAUCACAAGUACCAGGCAUGGCAGGAACCUCUUUUGAUAUUGAACAGUGUGCAAGAGAACUGGCAGCACAUUACCUAGAGACGAUGAAAGUGACGACACAUCCUACAGAGAAGCACAUGGCCAGAGAGAUGGAUGACAUGUACGUCAAUCUACAGCUACUAGAAGAGACGAACAUACCAUCUCCUGUCUCCUCAUCAGAGACAGAGAUGCAGGCAGAAACAGACAGCCAAUCGGAGCAUCUGAAAGCAUCCAAAAGAGCUAGAGGUAUCCCUGAUCUUCGAAAAUCACAACCUAAUAAAGACAAAGGGCUUCAUGUUCAAAAAAGUUCCCUUGACUCAUAUAAAGACAUGCUUGUGCUCAAAUCAAAUCGAUUAUUAAUCAGAGCUGAGGCGGGUUACGGGAAAACCACACUCCUUAAAAGGAUUGCAUACGAUUGGGCGGAUAUGAAAACCAAGGGGGAUCAAACUGAAAACCAACAACAAUCUGAGCCUACAUCAGUUUUGGAAAGAUACGAGCUUGUCUUUGUGAUAGAUGUCAAUCGAAUGGGUAAGAAAUUCGACAUCAUCGACGCCAUAUUCUCUCAGAUACUCACAGACAGCAAACUGAAAAAGAGAGACUUAGAACAAUACAUCUAUGAUAAUCCAGAGCGCGUGUUAAUUCUUUUAGAUGGCGCUGAUGAGAUUUCUUUACAAAGAGUAAAGGACGCACAGUGCAAGAACGGAAUUGACUUGAACAGUGUUCUAUCGUUCAAAUCACUGAAGUCGUGCAAGGUAAUAGUUACGAGCCGACAGAAGACGGCAAAUGAACUGCUGACUAUGCAUGCACACUACACAAAAAUUAACAUGGUUGGCUUUGACGAGAAAGGCAGGCAAAAGUACGUGAGGAAAUACUUUGCAAAUUUUCAAUCAGAUAAUCAAAAUAGCUUCCUUGAAAAGGUGAAUGGAUCUGAAACGCUUCGUAGUUUAGCGGAGAUACCGUUAUUUCUGUGGCUGAUGUGCCACACAUGGGCAGCUGAAGGGAAACUUCCUGAUCAAAUAACAAACCUGUUUGGGGAUAACAUUCAGCUGCUUUUCCAGCAUAAGGAAAGUAAGGAAACAGACGAGCAAGUUUCUGACACUGAGACACAUGUUUCCAAACUUGGUCGAAUAGCUCUUGAAGGUUUGUUAGAUCCAAAUGGGGAAAAACUUCAUUUCGAGGAAGAUCAGAUAGAUUCAAAAGAUCUAGAUAUGUUUGAGAAGGGAUGUGAUGUUGGCUUGUUGUCAAAACGAAAAAUUUGUCAAGGUCUCAAGACGGUUUCUCAAUUUUCGUUCAUUCACAAGACUUUCCAAGAAUACAGCGCAGCGGUUUAUCUUGUUGAUUUGUCAAGAACUGACAGACAAGACUUUGACCAAUACUUGCCUCGCAUAUUUCAUGGCAAUGUGGAAAGCGUGGAAUACGUUCUGCGAUUCUGCUGUGGGCUGAACAGAAAUGCCGCCGAGGUGAUUUUGCAGCGCAUUGGAGAUCUCUUGAAGCAAAAUGAACUGAACAAGUCCCUGCAUAGAAUCUCGAUGUUGCUCCUGUUUGAAGCUCAAUCAGAAUCCCUUGUGAAAUACUUUGUUGAGACUGCGAAGGUUCAGUUUCCCUAUGAACUCCAAGGUGAAGUUCUCGUGGCUGCGCAUUAUUUCUUUCAAAUAGGGUCCAAACAUACAACUCUACACAAGGUAGGCAUACAAGAAAUUUGUGCUAAAUGUCGAGGUUUUGCUGACUUUAGACUGUUAGAGGAUAUCAUGACACACAUACAAUGUAAGCCAUUGCUUAAACUUGUACUUCAUGGCAUCAGCUGGGGUAGCUUUGUGGAUAACUCCACGGGGAUAUUGACAUAUCUUAAGUCUUUAGAAGUACAUAACUGUGAAUGGAACCUUGUACAACUUUUCGAAGUGUUAUCAAAAACCAACACGCAAGCAGUUGUAUUGAAUGACAUCAAUUUGCAUGAGACACUGUCUGAACAAAACAUUAAAUCAGUUCCAUCUCUGAAAGAAUGCUGCCUUUUCGAUUGUGGUCUGACAAACAGCGAUGUCAAGCCACUUUUCUCUCUUCUUUCAUCAGCUGGCAGCAUAAAGACAGUUGUUCUGAGGGGAAAUAAUUUGCACGGUUUGCAGCCUGUCACGAUCGCUAGUGUCCCUUCCCUUGAAUAUUGUGAGCUGUGUAAAAGUGGUCUUACACACAGUGAUAUUGAGCCACUUUUCUCUCUUCUUUCAUCAGCAGGCAGCAUAAAGACAGUAGUUCUGAGAGGAAAUAAUUUGCACGGUUUGCAACCUGUCACGAUCGCUGGUGUCCCUUCCCUUGAAUAUUUUGAGUUGUGUAAAAGUGGUCUUACAAACAGUGAUAUUGAGCCACUUUUCUCUCUUCUUUCAUCAGCAAGCAGCAUAAAGAGAGUAAUUCUGAGAGGAAACGAUUUGCACGGUUUACAGUCUGUUACUAGCGUUAGUGUCCCUUCCCUUGAAAACAUUGGGCUUUAUGAAAGUGGUCUAACAAACAGUGAUAUUGAGCCACUUUUCUUUCUUCUUUCAUCAGCAGGCAGCAUAAAGAGAGUUGUUCUGGAAGGAAACAAUUUGCACGGUUUGCAGCCUGUCACGAUCGCUAGUGUUCCCUCCCUUGAAGAAUUGUACCUGCUUGGAAGUGGUCUGACAAACAGUGAUAUUGAGCCACUUUUCUCUCUUCUUUCAUCAGCAGGCAGCAUAAAGAGAGUUAUUCUGAGAGGAAACGAUUUGCACGAUUUACAGCCUGCUACGAUUGCUAGUGUUCCUUUCCUUGAAGAAUUGGCACUACUUGAAAAUGGUCUGACAAACAGUGAUAUUGGGCCAAUUGUGUCUCUCAUUUCAUCAGCAGGUAGCAUUAAGACACUUGUUCUGAACGGAAACAAUUUUCACGGUCUGUCACAAUUCAAAAUCGAUCCUCUCCCCUCCCUUUGUAUACUGGAUUUAUCUGGAUGUCGCCUGGAAAACAGCGAUAUCGGGGCUAUCAUCCAUUUGCUGUUUUCCCUUGGUCAUGUGGCUGUCGUCCGUUUAAGCGGCAACAAUUUGCAUGAUAAGGUGGCGGAGGAAUUGGCUGCCGUUCCUUCGUUGCAAACGUUCACUCUCAGUACUGAGUGGUUACCGAUAUCAAACAUUCGAAAAGGGUUGUAAAAAGACAAAAAAGAAGACUUGUAUGAUAAUGUAAUCCGCAGCUGGCUGAUUGUUCAUCAUUUUUCCCCACAUAUGAGAUCAGCCAACGUCUUUUUGAUGGCAAUAGUUGUCCGAAGUUGUUCAACUAGCACCAAUGCCAGAUACAUUUCAACUGUCUCUUAAGCAGGACAGCAAAUCUAAGUUUGGCUCAAGGGAAGUGAGGAUGGGUGUUUAAAGCAGGCAUGUGAUGUGUUUCCCGAUUUUCCUUUCGGUGCUGACCACAAGACGGUGUUGGUUUAAACCCUCUACACCCUCAGUUAGGUAUUGAUGUUACUGACUCCAGAAUUGCUAUUUUUGUUUUGCUUGUAAUUACAAACUUGCUCCAAGGUUCAAUAAUUUACAAGAUCCAUUUCACUGUAACAUAAAUAAUAAUAAAUACAUUUUAAAAUGGCAAUCCAUUUCAAUAAGUUCAAACCUCUGAUACACCCACCCAUACACCCACACACCAACCAACAUAAGCAGCUCAAGCCCACGGCGUGUUUCACACCGUGGGAAAAACAGCAACAAACAGAAAAUCAAUAGAAUGUGGGCUUCAUGCUGUGAUAAAAUAUUAACAAAGAAAGGCAAAGUUAAAGAAAAUGAGCACUGGUUGAGUCACGUGUGUGAGAUGUCUAACUUAUCAUGUAUGUGCCACAAAUGCAACAAGAGAGAAAUGAAACAGAAACUAGGGGGGAAAUGUUAUCCAGUUUACAUAAGAAUUAGAAUUAGCAAGGGGUCUGCAAUAGAAAGCAGCAAGUCGUUAGUUCGAAUCCCACUCGAGCAGCUUGUGUUUUUUUUCUCGCAGUCUUAGACUGCAUCGAGUAUGCAGCACCUAUAACAUUACAUCAGUGAAAGGGAAAUCUAGAAUUGAAACUGAAGGAAAACUUUUGAUCUGUGUCACACAAUACACAAGCCGAGUAUAUACCCCUUGCAGCUGACGUCACAUCUGAGGCCUGGUCUGUGGGGGAGAGGAGUUGCAAUUGGAGCAUAGAGGGGCAAACAGGGAUUGAACCGAUAGACCAACAUUUGAAAUAGUAGGUAACGGACAUUCAGCUAAAUGAAUGAUACAGGUUGUAUAGGGGAUUUUUCAACUAUGGAAAAAUGCACAUGG